GUGGAAGUUACGGGCACUUUCCAUGCGUCAUACGUUACGGAAGGCUAGGGCGGGGACUUACGUGGUGAGUGACAGCUGCUCUGUCUAAUCACAGCGCUGCCUGACAUCACCGUGUUGUUUUAACGGCUGGUGUUGCAACAGCGAGACAUUCACAUCGACUACAACAACACAGCAGACAGACAUGGAGAAGCUACACGAAAAUAUUUGACGAAGGAGAUCAAAAAAUGGCACGGACUUGCCGGAAAAUGAAGCGACAACACAUCGACGCUUAUCUGUCACCAACAAAUACGCGAAUUCUCUUGGUUUUCGACGAGGAAUACCAGAAUACGUGAGGAUUUUUCUCAACAAAGCCGCCGUAGUAAUCCGAAGAAGAAGCAGCGGAGAAGUAAAAAUGGCUACGACUGUUGGUUCCGUGAGGGGCUCCGAGCGGACGGCUAUAGAGAGGUUCGGCAGCGGAGGGAUGGCACUUCUGCCUUGGACUAAACAGAUGCUGACCGUGUUGUGGGAACAGCUUCGGCUGCUGGUUCAAGUCAUUUACUACUCUUUCUUGUCAGUUUUCCAGAUGUUCAGGUUCGAGGUUCACGUUCGGAUCACAGACGAGACGGGUCAACACAUCCAGCACAUGACCACAGCAGCAAACCCAACUGAAUCCUUCCUGUUCUCCUCGUUGUUUGACGGCGAUAACGGAGUCAUGGUCGGUGGUUCAAAUCCCCUCUCUAACUUCUGUGCUGACGUUGGCGACCCCUUUGCUGGGAAAUCCACUGCUGAGGCCCUGCUGUCCAGUCUGCGUGCUGACGAUCUGUGCUGCGGACUUGUGGACGACUUUGUGUCCAGAACAGCUGGUAAAGAAGAGGGCAUCUUUCUCGGACACCAAUCCACCUGGAAAAUGGGCUUCCCCAGCGACUGGAACAUCUUCGCAUCAAGCAGCGACAGCUCUGGUUCAAACGACACCUGCCCUAAGAAAAAUGAGAAGGUCUUCAAACAGGAUACGAUGAAGGAGAAAGUUUUCAGACAGGACACUUCAGAGGAGGAGAGAAGCUCUCACUGGAGUAGCGAGGAAGACCAGAACGUAGUAGAAUUUGAGAGUGAGGAAAGUAAGGCGCUUUGGGAGUCUCUGUCAAAAUCUAGUGACCCUUACAACCCCUUCUUUUUCUCAGCCUGCAUUUCAACCAGCCCAAAGAUGAGAAAAAGUGAAGUGCAAGACAGCAGUGAUUGUGACUUUAUGUCAGUGAGCAAGGCCGGCGAGGAGAUGUUGGGGUCUCGAGGCCUAAAUAUCUGGGUCAGCCGCUCUGACAGUGAGAGCAGUUGGAGCAGCUGGGCCAGCUCAGAUGGUUCCACCCCUGACAUUGACAAGGAGGAAAGCGAGAGGCUCUUGGAGUUCUUCAGCAGUCCCGAAGACCCUUACAAUCCCAUGUGCUUCACUGCAUGUACAGUCAGCAAAACCACUCCUCAAACCACCAGCACAGUCUCUAAACAACAUGCCUCACUUCCUGCACCUCCCACCAAGUCUGAGACAGAUACUGAGGAGAAGGAGAGCAGCUUUCCUCCUUCAUCCGAGGAUGAUGAAGAAGAGCAGCUGUGGAAGUCUCUCUGCCCAAAGGAUGACCCGUACCACCCUCUGAACUUCCAGGCCUGUCUCCAGAGCUCCUCCUCAACAACAACACUCCACCGCAGAGAAGAUCAAGAUUUCCUUGAUGUCCACUUUGAGAAAAAAUCACCUAAAAAGGACAGGAAACGGGCAAAAGCAUCUCGAAAAUCGAGAGUCUCCAAGCCCAUCCUGCCAGAGAGGCAGCUUAAACAUCACUCUCAUCCAGACAAAAGCCUGGUUCCAUGGAAAAGACCUGGACAAACACCUCCAGGGGAGCAAAAGGACAAGGCCAGCACUACUCAGAAAAAGGUGCAAUUUUCUCCUCUAGUCCAAGUCCAUGUCAUGCGGACCUGGCCAUUUGCUCGACAGGCGUCUCGUAAAGGACACUGGGAAGAAAUGGCACGAGACCGCGACCGCUUCCGGAGGCGGAUUAGGGAAACAGAGCAGGCCAUUGGCCACUGUUUCACCCACUCACACCGAGAGAAGAUCCAGGCGUACCUGGACCGUGCCUUGAAAUAAAUAAAAGGUCCUGAACACUGAAUGUUUUAUUUCCUUUUUGGAUGACAACUUGUGAUUGGUUGCAAUGCAACAGUGAUUUUGAUUUAGGCCAAUUAGAUAUUUGAUGUUAGGCCAAUCUAAAUGUUUGGUGUCAAGUUGAACAACCUUGUACCUCAAAAGGUUUUAUACAUUGUGUACCUGUUGCACUGAUUGACACUUUCUCAUAUUAACCUCAACAUUAAUGUGUGGAAUGUUGUUUUUGUAUGCCUUAUAUUCUGACCUAGUAAUGUAACUUAUUUAUGCCCUAUGGAGCUUGUUGUUUAUUUUUUACCGUUGGUUUGUACAUGUUUUUAUAUGUGAGAUAAACCACAGUGGUGAGUGUAGAAGUUCAAAGUAGAAAAUGGUGAUAUCAUAAGAAAGCAGAGCUUUACAGUACAAAGUGUUUUGAAAAGUUUUACUUCAGCAUGAUGGACACAUAUCAAAUUCUGGUGCAGUUUUCGUCUGGCUGUUAAAAUAUUUUACGCCUUGGUAUCUCUGUUUUUGUCUUGUAUUUUCUUAUAUUAUGGCACACAUUUGUGGCUGAGUGUAAAGACAUCUUUAAGAUUAUAUGGCCGAAAACAUUCACAACACUUUGUCUCAUGUGACUCACUCAGCUUCUCAUGGUAACAUCAUGCACAUCAAAAAUUUGUCUGUAGCAAAUUGAUCUCUAGGUGCUUUGUUGAAUCAAUAAAAAUUGUUACACUGUAA